CGCUCUGGCGCCCCUGCGGUAACAGUCCAGUCCCGCUCCUCCUCAGAGAAACCGCUGCCCGGCGAGCACCUACCGUGGCGACGCUGGGGAUGAGAGAGGCGACCGCACCCGCGCUUCCCACCACCUCCUUCCAAACCCCAGCUAGCUGCCCGACUUGGGCGGCGACGCCCGGUUCCUCCACGCUCCGACCAAUACGCGCCUCAGCGAACGAACUCCGAGGCGGGACGGUAUCGCGCUUCUGAUUGGCAGGCCGUGGGGGUCGCCGCAGGGGACAGCACGAUUGGCGAGGGAAAAGAGGCCAGGAGGAAAAAGCUAGCUGUGGCCCGCGGGGAUUGGCGGGAGGAAACGGUACUUUCUUUCUUCGUUGGUGAGCAGAGAAACACGGUUUGGACUUACGGGAGGGAAGAUGCAACUCGUGAUUGGUGGGUGAGCGGUCCUGGGGGCUCCAGCGAUUGGUAGUUGGCCAGUCGCGCGUCACUGAUUGGACAGUAGCGGGGAAGGCUGAAGACAGAAGCACUCAGAGCCCGCCCCACAGCCUGGCGGAAGGGGAAGGGGUCCGGCGGUGGUGGGGAAGAUGGCGUACCAGAGCCUGCGGCUGGAGUACCUGCAGAUCCCACCCGUCAGCCGCGCCUACACCACCGCUUGCGUCCUCACCACCGCCGCAGUGCAGUUGGAAUUGAUCACACCUUUUCAGUUGUACUUCAAUCCUGAAUUAAUUUUUAAACACUUUCAAAUAUGGAGGUUAAUCACCAAUUUCUUAUUUUUUGGCCCAGUUGGAUUCAAUUUUUUAUUUAAUAUGAUUUUUCUAUACCGUUACUGUCGAAUGUUAGAAGAAGGCUCUUUCCGAGGUCGGACAGCAGACUUUGUAUUUAUGUUCCUUUUUGGUGGAUUCUUAAUGACUCUCUUUGGGUUGUUUGUGAGCUUAGUCUUCUUGGGCCAGGCCUUUACAAUAAUGCUGGUCUAUGUGUGGAGUCGGAGGAACCCGUAUGUCCGCAUGAACUUCUUUGGACUUCUCAACUUCCAGGCACCCUUUCUGCCAUGGGUGCUCAUGGGGUUUUCCUUGUUGUUGGGAAACUCAAUCAUUGUGGACCUCCUGGGUAUUGCAGUUGGACACAUAUAUUUUUUCUUGGAAGAUGUAUUUCCCAAUGAGCCUGGCGGAAUAAGAAUUCUGAAAACACCAUCUAUUUUGAGGAGCAUUUUUGAUACACCAGAUGAAGAUCCAAAUUACAAUCCACUACCUGAAGAGCGUCCAGGAGGCUUUGCCUGGGGUGAGGGCCAGCGCCUUGGAGGUUAAAGUAGCCAUGCUAAUAAUGAAAUCCAGCUGAAAAGGACUCAGUGAAAUGCCCAUUGAGAUUCUUUCAUCUUUUGUUGCGAAAGUGUUGGGCACUUUCUGAUUCCAGAAGCACUUUAUGGAAUGGUACACUGACUAAUCCAGAAGUCAUUUCCAGCAGUUUGCCAGUGGUUCCUCACUGUACUGGUAUGACAGUGUAAUCUCUUGGAGCCAAAAAACUGGAGAAACAGACAUCCUGCUGCCUGUAAUGAGUACUUGAGUUCUUGGCAUAAAUAUGCAGGGCUUUUUCUUCCUCCUCCUCUUUGAUAAACAAGGCCAUGGUGUAAAUGGAAGCUUCAGAGAGGACAAAAUAAAACUAAGUUCCAUCUCUCUCUCACUGUA